UAAACUUUAAUAAGGUAGCAGGAAUGACUACAGAAAAAACUAAGUGGAAGGAGAUUUUAGAGGUGUUGAGUGUUCUGCAAUGUGUACUGACCUUUCUCCUUUUAGGGGUGUCUUGUAUCAUCUUGAUGGUGUAUCUCAUGUUUACCUCACUGUGGUCGCUCCCCACUCUAUACUUCAUAUGGCUGAUGAAGGACUGGAAAACCCCUGAAAGAGGAGGCAGGAGAACACUAUUUUUAAGGAAGUGGAAGGCAUGGGAACACUUGAGAGACUAUUUUCCAAUCAAGUUGGUGAAGACGGCCGAGCUGAAUCCAAACAAAAACUACAUCUUAGGCUGUCACCCGCACGGUAUCAUGUGUGCUGGAGGCUUUGCCUGCUUCUCCACAGAGAGCUGUGGCUUUGCGGAGGCAUUUCCUGGGAUGCGUUCCUGCAUGGCGGUAUUGGCAGGACUCUUCAAGAUACCACUCUUCAGGGACUACAUAAUGGCUGCAGGUCUUUAUCCAGUCAGCAAACCAAGCCUCACCCACCUCCUUUCAAAAAGUGGUAAAGGAAAUGCAGUGGUGAUUGUGAUUGGGGGCGCUGCAGAGUCUCUGGCAUCCUCUCCUGGAGUCAACACAGUGGUCAUGAAGCAAAGAAAGGGAUUUGUCCGGAUGGCUCUUGAGUUUGGGGCUGACCUGGUGCCUGUUUACUUAUUUGGGGAGAAUGAACUCUUUCGGCAGGUCGUUUUCUCAGAUGGCAGCCUAGGUCGGAGAUUACAGGACCUGUUCAAAAAGAUAAUGGGUUUCGCCCCAUGUCUAUUUGUUGGUGAGCGCUUCGGAUGGCUGCCCUACAGGUUUCCAGUCACCACUGUUGUGGGAAGUCCCAUCUCGGUGCCAAAACGUGUCACACCAACUGAGGAGGAGGUCGACCACUAUCAUAAACUUUACAUGGAGGGCCUGUCCAAAUUAUUCCAUGAACACAAGGUCAGCUGUGGACUUUCAGAAAGUCGCAAGCUUCAGAUCAUUUAGACGUUUUACUUAGCUUGAACUCCACCGCUGUAUUUUUAUAUGCUGCGCUUAAUGACACUCGCCUUCAACAGUACUCCAUCAAUAAGAGUUUACAG